CAGGCCGCCCCCAGCCCACCAGAGAACCAUCUGCCGGUCCUCAAAGCCGCCGUCGCUGCCGCUGCCGUCGCCGCUGGUGCCUUCUGUCCAUCCCGCCUGUGUCUGCAAGCAGCUCUCCCCUGACUGGCCGUGCCUGCAUCUUCAGCCUUUGCCGCUCUCGUCUCCAGUCCCGCCGAACGUCCAUCGGGCGCCCUCGAUCGAACCUGCCAUCCAGGUCGCUCCGAUCUUCGUAAACACCUCCCAUCCGCUGCCACCCCGGAUCGCAAACCUAUCGAUGGCCCUGGGUCUCGGUCGCCCGCUAGCGGCCGCCGUCUGCCGCAUGCAGCCCUGUGGAUACCCGAUCCUGCGUCGAGUCUGUGGCCAGAUCCAGCCGAUAUACCGCCCCCAGAUCGGACAGCCGUGGCUCCGGCUGCUAACCUCGGCCACGAAGCCGAGCGUCUUUGAUAUGUUUGAGAAGAGAUUCAAUCCAACAACCGAGCUUACCUACCAGUUCUCAAUAGGCGCCGCCGCCAUGCCCAAGAAUCCCCGGCUGAAGGUGCUCAAGACCGGGUUGUUUUCCUCCUCCCAAGCGGGGGAGGAUUCAUUCUUCAGUCGCCACGAUGCCAUCGGCGUCGCUGACGGUGUUGGUGGUUGGACCCAGGUCAAAGGUGCCAACCCGGCGUUGUUCUCCAGAAAGCUGAUGCAUUAUGCCAACAUGGAGAUUGCCAAGUUCGAUGACAUUGCCAACGCUGAGUAUUCGAUCGAAGAAUAUGUGGAUCUGGAUCCCAAAAAUGUCUUGACCGAGAGCUACAAACGGAUAUGUGAGGAUGCUGCCAAGGAGCUCCUGGUCGGAAGCAGCACAGCGCUGAUUGUUGUACUCCGGUCCAACGAACUCCGAGUCACCAGCAUCGGCGACUGUGGCCUGCUCAUCAUCCGCCAGAACGAAGCCAUCUUCCGAACCGAGGAGCAGCAGCAUUCCUUCAACUUCCCUUUCCAGCUCGGCACGGGCUCAACAGAUCUGCCGAGCGACGCGCAGAGCUAUCAUGUCCAUGUGCGCGAAGGCGACAUCGUGGUCGUCGGCUCGGAUGGCGUCUUUGACAACUUGACUGACGAGGAGAUUGUCGAGAUUGUCAAGGCAGAGCAGAUCAUCUCCACCCAUACGAUCGAAGCAACGGCUUUUCAAAUCACUCCUGACGGCGGAGAGUUUGUUCCUGAGGACUCGGACUCGGAUGACACAGCCGUGCCCAAGACCGAAUCGGUGGUAAUAGAAACCGUCACGUCCUCUCAUGAUGUCUCUCCGACGGUCCGAACGAUCCAAACAGUCAAAGUCGAUCCCUCGCUGAUUGCUACCAAGAUUCUCAAGCGCGCUCGCGAAAUCGCCGAGGACUCUCGCCAUGUCGGUAACCCCUUCCAGACCCGGGCAAUGGAGGAAGGGCUAUACUAUCGCGGCGGAAAGAUGGAUGACAUCACAGUUGUUGUCGGUGUUAUCAGCCUCAGCGAAGAUUCCCCUGAUCGUCGCUGAUCAACCCAGCCACUCAAGACCCUGCAUUUAUGGAGCUGCUUCCUUGGAUUCCGCUCCCCGCCACACUGUGUUUCUCCAGCAACGACGAGACUCUGUCCCUGCUCAUCAGUCCCGCCUGCAAAUGUCUGGCGAUAUCGAUGUCUUUCCAUGGAGCGAUGCCGUCCUCUGUUACUCGAACGAUCGUUGCCCAGCCUCGCUUUGCACCUCCUCCUCGCCUCCCUCCCGAUCAGAGCCGCGCCGUCUCCGGACUGUAUACAGCGUACUCACAAACGAAACGGGACACCCUGUUUGGAGUCAGAGUUGUCGCUUUCUCCAGGUCCUGAAUACACACCCGCCCAUCGCCUGUCAUGAA